AUGCUUGGAGGGACCUCUGUGAUAGCGCCGCUUGUGUUUUCCAGGCCCGAGCUGCUCACUGAGGGAGUCCAAGAGCCCAUCGUGGAGAGUCAAGAGAGGGAUUCCGGGGACCCUCUGGUGGACGAGAACCUGAAGAGACAGGGCUUUCAAGAAAAUUACGACGCGAGGCUCUCACGGAUCGACAUCGCCAACACGCUAAGGGAGCAGGUCCAGGACCUUUUCAAUAAGAAAUACGGAGAAGCCUUGGGUAUCAAGUACCCAGUCCAGGUCCCCUACAAGCGAAUCAAGAGUAACCCCGCUCCGUGAUCAUUGAGGGGCUGCCCCCGGGAAUCCCGUUCCGAAAGCCCUGCACCUUCGGCUCCCAGAACCUGGAGAGGAUUCUUGCUGUGGCCGACAAGAUCAAGUUCACAGUCACCAG